CUUCUUCUGACCGCAGAAACUUUCAUAUCUUCACCAACUCCACCAACACUUCCCUCCUGUUCCUGCUCCGUGUCUACCUAAACAACAGGAGGCGUGGUGCCGACGCUCCGCCCACUUCUCACGGGAGCGCGCACAGAAUAAAAACAGGUGUCACGUGACGCUUUGAACCGACGUGACAAGUCUUCGAUGACGUCGUUGCUAUGGAGACCGAGCACAAACACGACGCGUUUCAAGGUGUUUUUCUCACACUUCUCACAGGUAAGGUGGAAAAAAAACCUCGCUGUUAUUUGACUUUACGCAGGUCGCGCGAUGAACCGAGUGUUUCAGUCACGUUAACGGACAGACGGAGGUUUAAUGUGAGGAGGGAAACGACCGGAAACCACGAACUGCUCAUUUUAUGAAGACAGAGAAGAGGAGAGGAGCUGAAGGAUAACUCCGUCGGAUAUUAAACAAACGAGCAUCAGCAGCAGAGACGAGGAGGCGUCAUGCCGAAGAAAGCCAAGAAAGGUGGAGGAGGUGGAAAGACGGAGGAGGAGAGACUCCUGUACCUGCAGCAGAGAGCUCAGGCUGAGGAGGAGAUGGCCAAGAAGAAAGAGGAGAUACUCACACUGUUCCUGAAGGACAAGUUGCAGAAGGAGGAGAAGAACACUGCAGUGAACCUGCUGAAGCUGAACGAAGGCUGGAGGUCGAUUCUCCGUCAGACUCGAGCCGCUGAGCUUCGUAAAGACAUCACCGUCCUCAGUCAGACGUUUGAGAGGCAGCUGGACGGCCUGAACAACGUCAUCAAGAAUCUGGAGCGUGACCUGCAGGAGGCGGAGCGUCAGUCGGCUCAGGUGCGGCGGGUUCACCUGCAGCACCUGGAGCGUCUGUGGGCUCAGCAGGACAAACGGCUGAUGGUUCUGCAGCAGCAGUGGGAGGACGCCCUGCACCACCUGAGCUCCAGGUUCAGAUCUGAGAGGAAGCAGAUGUUGGCACAUUCUCAGCAGCAGCGAGCUGAUCUGGAAGAUGCGACGUUCACUGUGGAGCAGCAACACAAAGAAGUGAUGAACGAAAUCCACAGACUGUACAGCGAAAGCAUCGCGUCAUACCAGAGCACUCACGAAGACCGGGUGGCCUCUCUGGGCAUGGAGGACAAGGUGGGGCUGAAGGCGAAGGCUCUUCAGAACCAGGAGACUCUGCAGCUUCGCAAAAAUGACUCAGAGAAGCUGGAUGAACUGGUCCUCAGAAACCAGCGUUAUAUUAAAAUGACAGAAGAAGUCACAAAAACAAUCAAAGAGUUGCAGGAUGCCAUCUCUCAGCAGAAGGUGAAGCUGAAGUCCAGUAACAUAGAAAAAGAGUCUUUGGAACAAGAUCUGAAGGCCGCCAGAAACGAAGGGAACAAAAGGACUCACAAGCUCCGCGAUCAGCUGACCCAGCGUCACUCAGCGGCGAGGAAACAGCUCGUCGACCUCACUGUGCAGAGCAACAGCGCUGCCAAAAAACUGCAGGCAGUCAUUGCCAAGGGUGAGAGGGUUUUACGCGUCGCUGAAAUGUGCCGAAAGCUGGAGGGCGAGCAGGAAAACGUCCUCACACCGUCGUUGGUCGUAGAUAAUCAAAGAUCUGAGAGGGAGGAACUGACAAAGGAGAUACCUGAGUUUCCGGAGCUGCAUCAGGUGACGCGUCGCAUCAACGCCGCUCUGCUGCAUCGAGAAGCUCUGAAGAAACAGAGAGACGAUCUGAGCCGAGAGAACCGGCAGCUGAGGCUCCUGCUGCGUCAGCACCUGGACGCCAUGACGGUCAGCGACCACACCCUCGACGGACCCCACGCUCUGCUCGCCGUGUACCAGGCCCCGACCACGACCGCUCCGUCGGACGCCGGCAGACGGCACACCGUCAUCGAGGCCGUUCAUGCCGUCAAACAAUCUCUGUAACACACACAUGCAGAGGACUGUUAAUGAAGCUCUGAUAGUUUGAAUAAAGAACGAUGACGGGUUUUCACACGUCUACACCUGUUAAAUAAACCACUAAGAAUAAUUUA